AUGAUCCAACUACUCUCAGUGGAACCGGAAACCCAGGAAUAUGAUUGUCGACAGUUGAAGGCGAGUUUUGCGGCGAGUCGUGCACGGGGAUUUGAGUGGCAGUAUCCCUUGUUAUGCAGCGUCGUAUUUUUUCUCAAUUCUGGGCUCUUCUCAAGCGAUCAUUUCUUGCAUCUAUUCGUGAUCCACUACUCGUCAAAAGUAAAACUCUUUCAAACAAUUAUUACCGCUGUAGUGAUUGGCUUAGUCAACUUGCAAGUGCAAAUAACUGGGGAUACCAUUCAAAACAUCGAAGGAGUACUCUACAAUACAAUUCGUGAUAUGAACUACCUCUUCCUUUACCCUGCUAUUAAUGUGAUCACCGCUGAGUUGCCUCUUUUCUUAAGAGAACACAGAGCACAAAUUUACUCCGCUGACAGCUAUUACUGGGCAAAAUCUGUCGCUGAGUUGCCACAAUACACAAUUCUGCCAAUUAUCUACGCUUUAAUCGUUUAUUGGAUGACAGGUCUCUAUGCGAGUGCUGGUGUGUUCUUCAAAUAUCUUUUUGUGUGUAUUCUCCAAGCAUACGUGGCAGUUUCAAUAGCGAUGUUUGGCGCUUGUGUAUUUGGUGAAGAGGGAGCUGCAAUUGCCUUUUAUGCCCCUUUAUGUGCUACCGAUGCGAAUCUUUCGGUGGCUUCUAUAUCAACUAUGACGAUGUGCCGCCAUACUGUUCAGACUGUACCGCCCCUUGUCCAGCGAAGAAUGGCGCAGAGUGAUGCUGAAUCGCGAUAUGAAGCCCGUAGGAUGCUCUUUUGGAUAGAUAGCGGAAUACUCGUGGCAAUGUUUUUGAUUGGACGUAUCUUUGGAUUAAUAGCGUUAAAAUUACGGACACGAUUUGCGAAA